AUGGCCACCGCUGACUGGGUCGAUUAUCAUUCUCCUUUCAAUGCGCGUGGAGAUGGCUAUCAAGAUCCUUCGUCGUCUUCAGCCGGAGCUGGCGCCAGUAUGGGCACUUACCCUUGGCUCGAUAUAGCGGUUGGCUCCGAUACGGGUGGUAGUAUUCGUGGGCCUUCCCAGACGCAAGGCCUCUUUGGAAAUCGUCCUACUCAUGACGCUGUAGAACUUACCGGUGUUAUGCCGCUCUCUCCCGUUCUCGACACUGCCGGAUUCUUGACCCGAGAUCCCGAGCUCUGGGCCACGGCACAGGAGGUGCUCUAUGGACCCCUUCCCGCAUACGACGCUUAUCCUAGCAGGAUCUUAACCUACAAUUUUCCCACCAAUGCCUCCUCUGCGGCAAGUGGCUUGGCUUUGGAUUUCCUGGCCAAGUUACAAUCCUUCCUGUCGGCAAAUGUGAGCUCGGUGAACCUGACCUCCCAAUGGGCCUCGUCCGGCCCUGCGAAUUCAACAUCAAGCCUGACCAGCUUAUUGAACGUCACGUACGCCAUCAUCGUGUCCAAACAACAGACACGACUCGUUCGAGAUCCAUUCUACGUCGAUUACGCAGCAGUGCACGACGGACGACGCCCCUUCAUCGAUCCCUCCCCAUUGGUGCGAUGGACGUAUGCAGAUAGCCAGCCUGACUCAGCCCUCGAUGAAGCACUCCACAACAAGACCCUUUUCAUGGACUGGUUCAACUCGAACGUGCUGGUUCCGGACCCCGUCACGUGUUCCAACGCGUUCAUGAUCUAUUUGGCUGGAACCGGCAUGUCGAACGCGCGGAACCAAAUAUCUCAGGUACACUUCCGAUCGCAAAGGCAUCCUAGGCUGCCACCUACCGUGCCCUUUGGUUUCAACAGCGGUCGAAUUUCGGUCUUUGCCGAGGUGCCUGACAGCGUCUUUCCCAUCGGACAAGCGUCUUACUUCUCGAACAUCACUCAACAUGAAGAGUAUCUGCCCGUUGCUAUCGACAUUCUCGCCGCCAAGGGCUGCGACGCCAUCAUCGCUAGGCUUGCCAAUGAUCUGGUCGCCGCUGGCAUCUUGAACGUGACACAGGCUGGACAAACCAUUUAUGGCGGAGAUGUCCUCUACAAAAGAGAAGUGGAUGAGCAGUGA